AUGGCUUAUGGUCUUCACAAAAUGGGUGUUUCACAGGGUGAUGUUGUUUUGCUUUUACUUCCCAACUCAAUUUACUAUCCCUUUAUACAAUUAGGUGUUAUGUAUCUAGGUGCUGUUGUUACACCAUUGAAUCCUGUCAGUAGUGUUGCUGAAAUUCGUAAGCAGGUUAAUAAGUGUGGUGUGAGUAUUGCUUUUACUAUACCCGAAAAUUUUAAGAAACUAGAGCCAUUCAACAUUCCAAAUAUUAUUGUGCCAGAAAAUGAAAAGGAUUUGAAGUAUGAUUGUUUCUCUUGUUUCUUUAACCUUAUUUAUAGUAACUUUGAUUUUCCUCAAAGGCCAGUUAUUAAACAAGAAGACACUGUUGGUAUAUUGUAUUCUUCUGGUACUACAGGUGUUAGCAAAGGAGUUGUUUUAACGCAUAGAAAUUUAAUUGCUAUGGUUGAACUAUUUGCGAGGUUUCAAGCUUCUUCUUCUUCUUCCAAAAAUGUGUUUCUAGCUGCUUUGCCAAUGUUUCAUAUAUUUGGUUUAUCGCUCACUACUACCGGAUUACUGUCGUUGGGUUCUACGGUUGUUGUAAUGAAAAAAUUUCAAAUUGACGAGGCUAUUAGGGUGAUUGAUGAAUACAAUGUUACACACUUUGAUGUUGUUCCACCCAUGUUAGUGACAUUGACAGAAAAGGCGAAGCGGGUUAAUGGAAGUAAGUUGCUGAGUUUGAGACGUGUUUUAUGCGGCGCCGCGCCUUUAACCACAACAAUUAUAAAUGAAUUUGUCCAAGUUUUCCCUAAUAUUGAUUUAAUACAGGCUUAUGGAAUGACUGAGUCUGCUGCAGUAGGAAGUUGCUGCUUCGAUAGUGACAAGUUUCACAACUAUUCUUCAGUAGGAUUGUUAGCUCCAAACAUGGAGGCAAAAGUGGUAGACGUGAACAAUGGUGCACUUUUUCCCCCAGGAAGAAGUGGCGGGCUUUGGUUGCGAGGGCCUUCGAUUACGAAAGGAUAUUUAAAUAACGAAGAAGCUACGAUGACAUCAAUUGAUAAAGAUGGUUGGCUUAAUACCGGAGAUAUUGUUUAUUUUGAUGAGAAUGGAUAUUUGUAUUUAUGUGAUCGUUUGAAAGACAUGAUCAAAUACAAGGGCUUUCAGUUGAUAUCGCCGUUACAGGGGGAGAACUCCAUCAAACAUGUCACAUAUGAGGAAGAUGCUAUUGAUGCUGACGACAAUGAUGAGAGACUUACUAAAUCAUCUAAUGCUUCUGAUAAAGCAUUUGAGGUCUUACUUACUAUGCAAGGGAAACAACAUAUUGAAUCUUCUAGCAAAGUAAACAAUAUCAAGCAUCAUGACGAAACACCGCCUGAUGUUCAAGUACGGAAACUAAAGGAUCAGCUCAUCCAAGCUAAAGUUUAUCUUUCCCUUCAGGCAGUUAGGAACAUUCCCCAUCUCACUCGGGAACUUCGGCUACGGGUAAAGGAAGUUUCACGAACAAUUGGAGAGGCAAGCAAAGAUUCUGACUUGCCAAGGAAUGCAAAUGAGAGAAUGGAGGCAAUAGAGCAAUCAUUGAUGAAAGUAAGGCAAAUUCAAGAUGAUUGUGCCACAUCCGUGAAGAAGCUUAGGGCUAUGCUCCACUCAUCAGAGGACCAGCUUCGCCAACAACUCCCCAAUCAAGAGAAGUUAGAAGACCCUGGACUAUACCAUUAUGCAAUAUUCUCAGAUAACAUAUUGGCCACAACUGUUGUUGUGAAUUCUACUGCUGCCCAUGCUAAGGAUUCCUCCAAACAUGUUUUCCACAUUGUAACUGAUAGGCUCAAUUAUGCGGCAAUGAGGAUGUGGUUUUUGGCCAAUCCACCUGGAAAGGCGGCAGUUCAAGUUCAAAACAUUGAAGAUUUUGCAUGGUUGAACUCGAGUUACAGUCCAGUUCUUAAGCAGCUAAGUUCUCCUUCAAUGAUAGAUUAUUACUUUAAGGCUCACCGUGCUUCUUCUGAUUCGAACCUCAAGUUUCGGAAUCCUAAGUAUUUAUCUAUGUUGAACCAUCUUCGCUUCUACUUGCCCGAAAUAUUUCCAAACCUCAAGAAAGUGCUGUUUUUGGAUGAUGAUGUAAUUGUGCAGAAGGAUCUUACUGGUCUUUGGUCAAUUAACUUGAAUGGAAAUGUAAAUGGUGUUGUCGAAACUUGUACAGAAAUUUUUCAUCGGUUUGAUCGUUACCUCAACUUCUCAAAUCCUCUUAUUGCAAAGAAUUUCGACCCCCGUGCUUGUGGAUGGGCAUAUGGUAUGAAUGUUUUUGAUCUGGUCAAAUGGAAGAAACAAAACAUCACAGAGGUGUACCAUAACUGGCAGAAGCUGAUCUUCACAAGUCAAAGGAAAUGGAUGCAACCAAGUCAAACAAUGGUGAAAAAUCGGGCAGCAGCGUUAACCGUAAAGGAUAUAAGACCGCAAAUGCAUUCAUCUACAUCAACUCAUGCUCCAUGUCAUGGAAAGCAAUGUAUCAAUGAAGAUGUUGAAAAGGACGAUAUAAAUGAUGAAAUUCAAGAGGACGACAUAAAUGAUAAAAUUCAAGAGGACGGCCUAAAUGAUAAAAUUCAAGAGGAUGACGUAGAUGACGAAUUUCAAGAGGACGACAUAGAUCUAGAUGAUGAAUUUCAAGAGGAGGAUAUUGAUGGUGAAUUUCAAGAGGACGACGUAGAUGAAGAAUUUAUGGAGGAUGACAUAUCUAACGAAUUUCAAGAGGACGAUCUGGAUGCUUUACUCCUAGAAGACAAACUUGAAUGA